ACCCUAGCCUCUUCAAUAGUUCAAAACCUGUACUCCUUUCUUCUCUUUUAAUCCACGUUUCUUAACUACAAAUCUUCAGUUUCUGCUAUAUUCCCAUUAAUAUGCGAUUCAGGUUCUAAAUCGAUCAGUGCUUGGUUUCAUAAUAAUCUCAUGCAAAUGUGCUUGGGAUCCGAGAAAUGAUGACCAACAUCUUAAUCUUUGGUGGGGAGAAAAUGCUUUUAUCAUUUUAGUAAGAACUUCAUCUCCUCCUCUGAUUUCAUCCGUUACGUAGAUGUUACAUAAACCAAACUAGACAUGGCCAAGAAAGGAGCUGAAACAUGUUCAUGGACAUUGUCCAUGUUCAUGUUCUUGUUCUUAUUCCUCAUAAAUCUCCCCGCGUUGUAUGGUGAGGAAUUAGAGUCUCUCUUGCCGUUCAGAGCUUCGAUCAAAGACCCCUUAGGCUUUCUUUCCAACUGGAGCUCCUCUACCAGCUUUUGCAAUUGGCACGGCAUAACCUGUGGCAACCCUCCCCACGUUAAAAAAAUUGAGCUCUCCGGGAAGAACAUCUCUGGGAAAAUUUCUGUCUCAAUUUUCCAGUUGCAGUAUGUCGAAAUUAUUGACCUCUCCGACAAUCAGCUUUCGGGCGAAAUUCCUCGUAAUUUAUUUUCUUGCCCUUCUCUUCUUCAUCUCAAUCUUAGUAACAACAAUCUAUCAGGUCCAUUGCCCAUCAUUUCCAUUUCCCGCCUCGAAACAUUAGAUCUCUCCAACAACAUGCUCUCGGGUAAAAUUCCAGACAACAUCGGAUUGCUUUGGAGCCUAAAAUUUCUUGAUCUGGGUGGAAAUAUUUUGGUGGGUAAAAUCCCAAAUUCCAUAUCAAACCUCACAGUUUUGAAAGUCUUUACUUUGGCUUCUAACCAGCUGGUUGGUCAAAUCCCUGGAGAAAUAGGCCGAAUGAAGAACUUGAAAUGGAUUUACCUAGGCUACAACAAUCUUUCGGGUGAAAUUCCAAAAGAGAUCGGAGACCUGACUUCUCUAAAUCAUCUUGAUCUUGUCUACAACGAUCUAAGUGGACAAAUUCCAUCAUCUCUCGGGAACCUCAUCAAUCUUCAGUAUCUCUUCCUCUACAAGAACAAGCUCACGGGUCCUAUUCCAAGAUCACUUUUCAAUCUCAAAAAGCUUGUCUCGCUUGAUCUUAGCGAUAACUCUCUUUCGGGUGAGAUCCCGGAACUCAUAAGUGAGUUGCAAAACUUGGAGAUUCUUCAUCUUUUCUCCAACAACUUGAACGGAAAGAUUCCUGCUGCUUUAGCUUCUCUGCCUCGGCUUCAAGUCCUCCAAUUAUGGUCGAAUAAGUUAUCUGGCAAGAUCCCCGAAGACCUUGGAAGGCGAAACAAUCUCACUAUAGUCGACCUUUCCAGCAAUUUUCUCGUCGGAAAAAUACCAAAAAGCUUGUGCAACUCGGGUCGACUUUUUAAGCUCAUCCUCUUCUCUAAUUCUCUACAAGGCGAAAUUCCCCAGAGUUUGAGUUCUUGCAUAAGCUUACGACGAGUACGUAUCCAAAACAAUCGUCUCUCCGGGGAUUUAUCGCCCGAGUUCACAAAACUGCCGCUAGUAUACUUCUUGGAUGUCUCAGGCAACAAUCUUUCUGGCAGAAUCGAUGGGCAAAAGUGGGAUAUGCCAUCACUGGAAAUGCUGAGUUUGGCGAAAAACAAAAUUUUCGGGGAGUUGCCGGGUUCAUUUGGCAGUGGCAAGCUUCAGAACUUGGACUUAUCGGAAAAUCAGUUUUCAGGGAAUAUCCCCAAGAGCUUUGGGAGAUUAUCAGAUCUAAUGCUGUUACAGCUAAGCGAAAACAAGCUCUCUGGUAAUAUUCCAGAAGAAUUGUCAUCGUGCAAGAAGCUUGUGAGUUUAGACCUCAGCCACAACCACCUCAGUGGAAAUAUACCAAUCAAUCUCGCUGAACUGCCAGCUCUCGGUCAGCUUGAUUUAUCUGCAAACCAGUUGUCCGGAGAAAUUCCACCAAAUUUAGGAAGAAUGGAAUCCCUCGGAGAAGUGAAUAUCUCCCAUAAUCAUUUCCAUGGAAGAUUACCGUCCACUGGAGCAUUUCUUUCCAUAAAUGCCAGCGCAGUUGCAGGCAACGAUCUUUGCGGCGGCGAUGCUUCGAGCGGUUUGCCUCCAUGCAAAAACCUAAAAAGUCGCAUGUGGUGGUAUGUUCUCACUUGCUUUUUGGUUGUGUUAGCAAUGUUUACUCUUGCUGCUCUUGUCAUCCUUUUCAUUCAGCGACGAAAGGAAUUGGAGCUGAAAAGAGUGGAAAACGAAGAUGGAAUAUUGUGGGAAAUGCAAUUCUUUGAUUCCAGGGCUUCAAAAUCCAUAACAAUCGACGAUAUAUUAUCAUCGGCGAAACAAGAAAAUGUAAUCAUGAGAGAGGGAAAAGAGAGAUCCUACAGGGGGAAGUCUUUCAUGAUCAGUAACAUGCAGUUCGUCGUGAAGGAAAUGAAUGAUGCAAAUUCAAUCCCGCCGAGUUUCUGGUCUGUCAUCGCCGAAUUUGGUAGGCUUCGGCAUCCAAACAUCAUUAGGUUGAUCGGAGUAUGCCGGUCGACCGAAAAGGGAGUAUUUUUAGUUUACGGGAAUGCGGAAGGGAAAAUUUUGAGUGAAAUUCUUGGAAACUUGAGUUGGGAGAGGCGACGUAAAAUUGCCAUUGGCAUUGCGAAAGCACUGCACUUUUUGCAUGGCUACUGUUCGCCGAGUGUUCUUGUUGGUAUCAUAUCGCUAGAGAAAGUUCUGGUUGACGGAAAAGAUGAGGCUCGCCUCAUCUUGGACCUUCCUGGCCGGUUGGCUUGUACGGACAAGUGCUUGAUCAUACCUUCAGACUGCGUUGCCCCAGAAGCCAGACAAAGCAAAGACAUCUCAGAGCAGAGUGAUAUCUAUGGAUUUGGUCUCUUCUUGAUCGAAUUGCUGACGGGAAAAAGCCCUGCCGACACGGAAUUUGGCAUGCACGAGAACAUCGUGGAGUGGGCUCGUUAUUGCUACUCAGACUGCCAUCUUGAUGUGUGGAUUGAUAGGAUGAUUAGGGGAGAUGCUACAACGGAUCAUAAUCAGAACGAGAUCGUUGAAACCAUGAACCUAGCCCUCCACUGCACCGCCACUGACCCCAUGGCUAGACCAUGCGCAAGCGACGUCUUGAAAACCCUCCAGUCUGUGCUGAUCAGUUCAAGUUCUUGCGUUUCAGUCCUAAAGUUUUCCUCAACUAAUUAUUAGAAGAAUUUGCCCCCUAAGAUUUUUAUUUACCUCUUUCUUUUUCUAUUUUUUUAAUUUUUAUAUAAUUAAUUAAGGUACUGUUAAAUGAUGGUUACUCAAAUCUGCUUUUGUUAAUUAAUAUAUAGUAUGUUUUACAUACUAGUGAGUCGAACUCGAAACAUGUAGAUAAACUCAAUGUCAUUAUAUGAACUACAGCUUUUUCUC